UUUUUUCUUGACAGACCUGUACUCGUGUCUUUCAACAGCAUGUGCUCCCUUCGUUGAAUGCCUACGGAUACACACGUCAUAUUCACUUGUUGACGAUCAGCCUGACCUUUUCACUCGUCACUCAGGUCAAACGAAAGCAGGACCAACAGGCUAACAAACAAACCCCGCGUCUCUAUAUACAUACAUACAUACAUACAUACAUAUAUGGCACGUGCCUAUCGAAGAUAUCAUCAUUAUGCCUUCUUUGACGACAAGAUCAGAUGAGGAUGGGUCACGCCAAAUCACCAGUUAUCCAUCCUCGGUGUCGAUAUCUACACAUUCAAUACCCAUGCCAUCUGUCAACGUCAACAAAGGCCGCGUGGAUCCCGUUGAGGGGGAGGUAGCUGUGGUGCGGUGGAAUACCACUAAUCUAGGAAGCAGACUUGUUGCAGACAUCAUUUCUGCUGUCAGUGCCUCGGCCUUGAUAGCACCCAUCAUAUCUGUCAUUGAUAGAUCCAUCGUCGAAAAGGCCGCUACCGGUGAAUCAUUCUCGUCAUGUUUAGGCCGAGCACUUCGUCCAGCUUUGAAAAGACCACAUGCAUUUCUCACCUCAAGACCAUUUCUCCUCAUCUUGUCAUUAUAUUCCGGUACAUAUGCUACAGCCAAUACCGUGGACACAGCCGUGUCGACUGUAUCGGCGAAACCAGCCUCUACAGUAACUUCAGGAACUACCAAAUUCUUAGCCACCUCAUCCGUCAACAUGUCUCUCUGUGUGUAUAAGGAUUCGCAGUUCGCAAGAAUGUUCGGCGGUGGAGGAACCGCCGCCGCCUCAUCUCUGGCCGCUGGAGCCAUUCCCAAAAUCUCAUAUGCAUUAUUCGCUCUCCGCGACUCUCUCACCAUUUUCGCAUCUUUCAACCUUCCACCAAUGAUUGCUCCGCAACUAUCGAACCUUCCACCCGCCAUUACCAACCACUUCUCUAAACUCAUCGGCUCUGAGUCCAAACGAGCAAAUACCGCUCAGUUUCUUGCUCCGGCUGCCGUUCAAUUUAUAUCUACGCCGAUUCAUCUCCACGGUCUUGAUUUGUAUAACCGACAAGGACGGUUAGGAUUUCAUGAGAGAGCGACUCGCAUCUUGCGCGAUUGGGGGGUAAGUGCUUUUGCUAGGAUCGGAAGAGUUGUUCCUGCAUUCGGCGUUGGUGGAGUGGUCAAUUCCAGCGUUAGAAGGAAGCUCAUGAAAAAGCUAGAAAGCUAGAAUGAUGCAUAUAUCUUUUUGGACAUAUGAUGGUUUUGGGCAGACGGUCCAUUUUGGGUCAAAAGCGAUACACAUAGAUGCCUGGUCCAUAUGUCAUUCGGUUGUUGAUGCGUUCAAGCGGGCUGGCGUUGAUAUUUUGGGGAUAAAAUCGGUUGAGGACUUUGGGGGAACGGUCGAUAUCAACACCAUGUCGUGCAGUGAGGUGUAAUGAUUGACUCUGGAACACUACAGGUGUUCUCAUUACAGCUGACUGGGGACUGAUUAACCAAAUCUCACCAGAGAGGAAUCUAGAGAAUAGUAUAUACCACCAUGUUACUUUUCAAUCAAAGAAGUGAUC